CUGAGCUGCGUCAACUGUGCCGGAUCAAGCGUUCGGUUUUGUUGCGCUCGUGGAAAACACGGCCGCUUCAAACCUCAGCUGCCAGAUUUCCUCGACGAUCAAGCAUACAGGGCACGCUCUCUUCCCCCGACACACCACUCCCGACCGCCGGUAUCGCCCUAUCCUGGAAUCUCGACUAGUCUUUCCGCCUCCUCCCCCGCCUCGGUAGCCCUUAACAUCAAAAUGGAGCGCUUCCGAAGCAUGCUAAGCGUGGGCGGCAUGGGCGCCGCCGUCCCGGGAACCGACAACACGAACCUGAUCGAUAAUUCCGAGACCGUCUACAUCUCCUCCCUCGCCCUCCUCAAGAUGCUGCGGCACGGCCGGGCGGGUGUACCCAUGGAGGUCAUGGGUCUCAUGCUGGGCGAGUUCGUCGACGAGUUCACAGUCCGCGUGGUGGACGUCUUCGCCAUGCCCCAAAGCGGUACCGGCGUCAGUGUCGAGGCGGUCGACCCGGUGUUCCAGAUGAAGAUGAUGGACAUGCUCCGGCAAACGGGAAGGCCCGAAUCUGUGGUUGGAUGGUACCAUUCGCAUCCCGGUUUUGGCUGCUGGCUGUCUUCGGUCGACAUCAACACCCAGCAGUCUUUCGAGCAGCUGACACCCCGCGCCGUUGCCGUCGUCGUUGACCCCAUCCAGUCGGUCAAGGGCAAGGUUGUCAUCGACGCCUUUCGCCUGAUCAACCCCCAGUCGCUGAUGCUCGGCCAAGAGCCCCGCCAAAGCACGUCCAAUCUGGGUCACCUGAACAAGCCGUCGAUCCAGGCAUUGAUCCACGGUCUGAACCGCCACUACUACUCUAUCGGCAUCAAUUAUAGGAAAACGGCGCUCGAGGAGAACAUGCUCAUGAACCUGCACAAGCAGGUGUGGACUGAGGCACUACAGAUGGACGACUUCCGCGCCGAGGGCCAGCGCAACAAGGAGCGCCUUGAACGCCUUGUAACCCUGGCCGAUGGCUACGAGAAGCGUGUCAAGGAGGAGACGGAGCUGACCAAGGACCAACUUAAGACGCGCUACGUCGGCAAGCUGGAUCCGAAGAAGCAUCUUGAGGACGUGGGCCAGCAGCUGAUUGAGGACAACAUCGUUGCCGUGUCAAGGCAGAUGAUCGACAAGGAGGCGACCAUGCCCAAAAAGGACACCCCCUCCAACGGUCGUUCCGGCGGCGGCGACCAGAUGGAGGUUGAGGAGGAGCUAUGAUUUACAUGGUGCGUCAUUGGUCACGGGCCAGCCCCGUUUCUCUUGUCGGAGAGGGGAGCCGGGCCUCUCUCCCAAGGGUUCCUUUAGCAAUGCUCCAGGCAAGACCGAAUAGACCUGGUUUGCUUGUACUAGUAGGGCGGGUGGCGUUGGGCUGGAUUAAAGACAGGUACAUUAAAGAUGUGAUGCGCCAGGUUCAAGUCUACGAAAUAGCUAGGCGUGGUUGACAUUCUGGCUGGAAGCAACCGCCAAUGGCUUUCGUCUUGACGCUCCCAACAAAGAACUUCCCUAAUUAUUGUGACUGGGAGAUCCUUGUACUAAGUCUUUGUCCCCUUUGUCGUUCUGAGUGGCCGCUUUCGUUGGGCUUGGAACGACCCCGAAACAAAGAAUUCACGACAGGUCUGUUCGGGACAACUAAUUGUUUGUUGGGAUCACAAUGGCUUUCGCAGUCACUAUAUCUUUGGUCAUCCCUGCCGCACUUUUCUCUGGUUUCCUUAUUCCAACAACUUUUGCCGCUUUGAGUCGCUUCCGUCCCCGGAUAUAGCAGCCAGACACGCUCCAUUCCAACCUAGACCACAGCAUCAACACUCAAAGUCGCAUCUCUCCAUCCACAACACAAACUCAAACCCUCCAGGGUAGAGGGUGAGCCUUGGAUGGCUCAUCGGUCUAUCCGAGAAUCAUCAGGGACCCGUAACAAGCGCCGCUCGUUCAACCUGUUCGCGAAGCUCACUUCUUGCUUCGGGUCCCUGUCACCUUUUACUCGCAAAUCUUGCACCAAGACGAGCGGCCCCCAAACUGAUACCC